CCACGGUGUUUGAAGUCGAUGAAAUAGAUAAAUUGUGCACAUUGCAUGUUAUUUUUUUUAUUUCAAACUAUACUUUUAAUCAUGUUUGGUUAACAGAUUGCAGACAAACUAAACUUAAGAAUUAAAGUUGAAUAUUGACAGUGUAGAAUUACAGGAACAUAAUUUCAACCCAUGCACCUUUAAUUUGGAGCUCACUAAGAGUGAUAUUCAUACCCGUUAGAAUGGAGCCAUCAUGUUCACGUUCAGACUGUGACAUAUAUGAAGAAACAAACAAUGUUCCCUUUGAUAGCAAUGCAGAGAAUAAGACUGAUGACGCCAGCGUAGUGGAUAAAGAAGAGGACAUUCAAGAUAAUAUUAGACAACCAAUUGAUGACUUAGAGAGAGAUGACUUUGAUGAAGAGAACAGGAUACUAAACCACUGUUCUGGCAUGAUUGUGGACGGCAAGCUAGCAGCCACUGCCCAUUACUCCGGCACAUUGUCCAGUGCAAACUCCAGCUUAGCUUCUAGUUCGGAAACAAUAUCUACCCUUAACAUCAUCAACGACUUCAGCAUGCCAGGCUGCAGUAAACAGGAGGACUGCGAUGAUAGCAAUACGACUAUCAAGAACAUGAUCCGUAAUAGAAAGUAUUUGAAAGAAGCCUCUAGGAAAGAGCGAGUUUAUAAACCAGACUUUAUGCAAAAACUACUGAGCAGUGGAACACAAGAGAAAAAAGACUUUCCUAAAGGAAAACUUUAUAAGGGCGACAAAAUGGGCGAAAGCUCCUGUGACAAUUUCAUGUCUGAGAACUGCGACUUGGAUGUCGCGAACGUCCCUUCAGGGAGGACAAGUUCCAAUGCGUCCAGCAUUGUCAGUACUAGUUCGGAUAGUACUAAAGAUUUCAGCGUUCCCUCCACAUCGAAUGCCGAGAAGCUACUAGGUCUAGACGAUAGGAGCAAGAGAAAUGAGCCGACUAGUUCCAAGUCAAUGAGUUUCAUGCAGCAGUAUUGCGACGGCGACGACGAUUCUGACGACGAAGUGAACGAGGAAUCAUGUUGCACUUGCCUUUCUUCUCACGAGGAUGAUGAUGAAGAUGAUGAGUCCGAGCCUGAUGAAAGACUUUGGAGAAAAAGACGCUGUGACCCACCGCCACCUCAGGUCAUGAAGAAAUUCUGCGCCGAUUCCUCUAUGGGGUCAGAUGGAAAUUGGUCUUCCAGCCUGGCAGGAAUGGCCCACUCCUCCGGUGCCAACGUUCAGGGUCCACCUGAUUUUCAACAGUGGCUUAACAGAUUUCAAUCAUGGUCCAACGGUGAGAAGAUUCAGGCUAUUGACGGACUGAUUCGUCGUUGCGAUGCUAACCACGUGCGCCAUAUGAUGAAGGCCAUAGAACCUUUGUUCCAACGGGACUUCAUAUCUCUAUUGCCAAAGGAACUAGCCCUGACUGUUCUGGGCUAUUUGCAGCCCAAGGAUUUGCUGCGAGCCGCACAAACUUGCCGAUAUUGGAGGUUCCUAGCGGAUGACAAUCUCUUGUGGAAGGAGCAAUGCCGCCGCAUUGGAAUUACAACGUUGAAGAAGAUGCCGCGUUCCUUACCACGCUGCGAGAGCCCCUGGAAGGCGGCGUACAUGCGCCAGUAUCUCAUCGAGAACAACUGGCUCCACAAGCCGGUCAACGCGCCCAUCGUGAUGAGAGGCCAUGAUGAUCACGUCAUCACUUGCCUGCAGUUCUACGGCAACCGUAUCCUGAGCGGUAGUGACGAUACCACCUUGAAAGUGUGGUCGGCUGUCACUGGAAAGUGUCUUCGUACUCUCGUCGGCCAUUCCGGUGGUGUGUGGUCCUCGCAAAUGGUCGGGGACUUGGUGAUCAGCGGUUCCACCGACCGCACACUCCGCGUGUGGAACGCUAAGACUGGCCAGUGCCUCAAAGUCCUCACUGGUCACACGUCCACGGUCAGGUGUAUGCAUCUCCACCAAAAUAGAGUGGUGUCGGGAUCACGCGACGCCACGCUGCGGGUGUGGUCAAUCCCCGACGGGCGCUGUCUGAGGGUGUUGGUGGGCCACCUUGCAGCAGUGCGCUGCGUUCAGUACGACGGCAAAGUGGUCGUCUCCGGCGCCUACGACUACUUCGUCAAAGUAUGGAAUCCGGAGACCGGCGAAUGCCUGCACACCCUUGCUGGUCACACUAACAGGGUCUACAGCCUCCAGUUCGAUGGGGUGCACGUAGUGAGUGGCUCGUUGGACACCUCGAUCCGCGUGUGGGACGUGGAAUCCGGCCAGCUGAAGCACACGCUCACAGGUCACCAGUCCCUCACCUCGGGGAUGGAACUGCAUUCCAACAUACUGGUGUCCGGCAACGCCGACUCGACUGUCAAGGUGUGGGACAUCACUACUGGCCACUGCCUGCAUACUCUGUCCGGGCCGAAUAAGCACCAGUCGGCAGUGACCUGCCUGCAGUCCAGCAAUCGUUUUGUGAUCACGUCGUCUGACGACGGCACGGUCAAACUGUGGGACGUCCGCACCGGCGAGUUCAUCCGGAACUUGGUCGAACUCGCCUCGGGCGGAUCCGGCGGCGUCGUGUGGCGGAUCCGCGCCUCUGCCACCAAGCUCAUCUGCGCAGUUGGCUCCAGGAACGGCACUGAGGAGACCAAGCUGCUUGUCCUCGACUUCGACGUUCCUGGAGCAUGUCGUAAGUGCGACGAAUAGCAUCGACUCAACCGACGCUUGCUGCGUCGCUAUGCGAAUUUGUACGCGCCGUGGCAAUGCUAAGCAUAUUUCGGAUUGUCGUGCGCGCUGAAUUCGUUUGUUUCGCACUAAAUUGGCAAAUUUUACAUGGAAUAUAACAUGUCAAUUUACGCAGAUCAAACGUGGGCGUGACUUUUGAUUAAAAGCAUUGUAAUUGAUGUCAAUAAAUCUGUGUUUUAUGUAAUAACGACUAAGGUCGAAAUUCACGCCAUUUUCAGCGUCGCAAGUCUAGUUUUACAAUUGCGAUUUAUUUUGAUAUUACUGCCUUGGUCGAAUAUAUUAGUCACCCUAAUCAAUCUUUUCCACAAACAAAGAUGCCAAAACCAUUGUUUGGAUUGCUAUGCGAGAUACGAUGAAAGAAGAAUCAAAAGACAAUAAAAUAAACUCUAAAAAUGCGACCUUCCGACAUGUAAGUAAAAUAUUAAAGUACUUCUUUAAGUCUACUUUGUGCGUCUGUCAUUAGAACAAAGUAUUUGUGAUGGGUGGCUUGGGGUGUUUAAACCUUGCCCUUUCCAUAUUUUUUUUGCUCAACGUUACGUUAUCUCAGUUAAACUAUAUUCGGGAAGACUCACAAUAAUAACUGUAAUUUUCUGUAGCGUCAAAUAUUGGCGUUUCGCUAUGGUGGCUUCAUAAGUACAUGUGUACUCGAUGGGUGGCUUAUACUUAUUGCCAAGACCGUAAACAUCAAUCAAUAAUAUUUUGUCAUUGUAGAACUAGAGGCAGUGUGUAACAGUUUUCAGAUUCUAAGGAAAAAUUACGGUGAAUAUUAAUUUGAAUAAAUAUGAUUAUGCGAUUACUUGUGAGUAAAUCGAUACCUCCCACGUAAGUUGAUGUAAGUGAAAAUACUGUUUUUUGCUUUUUAACCUAAAUAUUGCAUCCUUUUUUUAUACCUAUUAUAGGUUUCAUAUUUAAAAAUAAGAAAAUCACUCUGUUUUAUGUUUACUUUCAAACAUGGAACCUAUAAUAUACAUAAAAAUGGACAUAUUUAAUUCUUCGGUGUUAGCGAUUGUUACACAUAGGAAAUGAAACUAUUUUUCCGGAUUUCAAUCCGCGUUUUAAAUCCGGAGAAGUAGUUUUAUAUCCUAAGAAUAUAUUUAAGUUAAAAAGCAAAAGAUUGUAUUUUGACUUACAAACAAUUUACGUGGAAGAUACCGAAAUAGAGUAGAAGUGUUGAAUUUUAAUAUGAUAUAAUCAGUUGGUACAUCGUAAUUUUUUACUAGAAUGUAUUAAGUGAGCAUGUAGGCAAAACGGCUGUACCGACAGUGGCACGCGCUUGAACGGCGGCACGACGAUGGUAUCCCACCGUACGACUGAAGUGCGACUCAAGUGAGCCAUGGACCGAUUGACUGUUUUUCAGUGUAACUCCUGUAUCCGCAGUAUACUCAACAUAAUUAUUAAAUACAUUCAAUACCAUUACAAAAAUACCAUAAUGUAGUAGUCUAAUUGUAAUAAUAAUAAAUUUUUCGAUAGGUAAAAAUGGUGACUAAACCAUCUUAUUGCCAAAUUUCAUUAUGCUUCAUUAUCCCAAAGAAAUUUAAUGGAAAAUUGGAUUUAAGAUCUUAAUUAAGUUUAAAUGUUGUUUUAAGGUAACUUUAAAUUUUGGUUUUUAUUAUUAUUUAUUUUUCACCUUAUACAUUCUUAUGGUUUUGAAUGUGGUCCAGUCAAUGAUUUAAAUAAUCUUUUUGUAAUUGAGAUCAGACAAACCGGUCUACCGUUGACGUUCAAAUUUGAUUAUUUCUGGUGUACAACACCAGUUAACUGCCAUGAAAUAAUCAGCGUCAGACGUAAACACCGCCGAUGUGUAGGUUUAUUCCCAGAUUUACUGAUAAUUAUGAUAAUAUUAAGGUAAAAUCAAACUUAUCAACCAGAAAGUCAACCGAUAAGAGUAACAACAAAAAACAAUUUUUACCCAUUGACUGAACUGCGAUAACGUUCGUAAUUUAAUUAUAAUUAAAUUAAUUAUUUCUAAAUUCUACUAAACUAUAGACGCCCAUUUCGUUAGGUGUAUUACGUUGUACUAUUAUUUAGACAUUUGAAUGACUUUAGUGUAUGGUAGGGUCGCACAAUUUGGGUGGAACCUUUUUUAUGUCAAUGACCGCAGUUAGCUAGCGGCUAGCACACUAACUGUCACCCAUGGCGUUGUUGGACAUAUUGUUUAUGAACAACAAUAGUAAUUUUGUACAGCUUUCUACUCAAAUUGUGUAACGUUCCACAAUUUUGUUGUCAAUUUUUGUAAUUGUGUAUUGUUGUAAUCCGUUAUGUUAUUUUAAAUCUAGUUUUAUUAAGUGUUGUUCCCAUUUCGACUACCAUCCUCACUGACAGCGUAUAAAAUAUAUAUUGUUUCUCCACAUGUACACACAAUAGAUGGGAUAAAAUUAUUUGUUCCUCAUUUAAGCAACUUAAUUUUAUAAUAAGUGAUGGUUAUUUACUACAAUAUAUACCUACAAUAAAUAAUUGGCAGACUAAAUAAACGAAGUGUAUAUUGAAAAUGACACCCUAUAUGUUUUCGGACCUAAAUUGCGUAUAUUUUUAUAAUUUCAGUACAGAGUACCAAAAAAACCGACCUCAAAAGUACUUGGAAUUACAUUUAUUUGUUAAGUUUUAUUGGAAUCGGUUAACAAACCAACAUUUCGUUUGUUUGAAAAUACAAACAUACGGAAUUUAGAUCCGAAAAAAAUAGCUUCAUUUUCAAUGCGUAGCAUCCAGAGAUGGGCUAGUUUUUAAAUCGGGUUAAAAUCCAUUAACACCCAAAAUCGAGGGCAAAACU